GUAAGAAUGCCACAUGGCCUAAGACAUGAGACUGAUCCCUAAUUCAAGGCCUAGGCGGCAUCGGGGGUGCCCGCCUUCUCGUGCCCCGAUGUGCGACCCGCCGGAGGUCGCAGGUGUUUGGGGUUUGGGGUGAGUGAAAAAGCCCAUGGCCGUUCACGUUGACCUCAGUUGACCAAGUGUCUCGUGGAACAAGCGGCGGAACAGGGCGGAACUCGGGGUCGCAGGCUUCCGGCAGAAGGGUGGCCGCCACCUUCGCAGCCUGCUCCGCUGAAAGGUGCAAAGCAAUGCCACCGACCCGGACGAGCACAAGAUCCGGUCGAUGAUCAAGGACCGGGAUGACACCAUCUUGCGCCUUCGCGCCGAUUUGCUGCACGCUGCGACGCGUCACGCCCAAGAGUUGGAGGAGUUGCAGAACAAAGUGAGCGAAGCCCGUCAGGAAGAAAGGCAACGGAAGGCAGAUGAGAACAGCUCCAUCUCGGGGGAUCUCAAGGCCCAGUUGCGCGCCAAAGCUUCUGAAGUGGAGCAACUUCACUCGGAGGUGAGGGCCUGCCGGAGUGAGCUGGAACGGGUUCGCGCUGAGGCUCGUCAUGCAGAGGCUCGCGCAAGUGCUCGAGAGAUCUCCAACAUUGAAGCUGCAAAGGCGGCCGUUGCCGACGAUUGGAGGAAGGACGUGGACCGACUUCAGGCUGAGCUUCAAAGUCGAUCUGCUGAUGUCACUGCGGCCAAAGAAAAGGCUGAGCGACUGGGCCGAGAAGUGCGACGAGUGCAGCAAGAGGAGAGCCGCUGUGCCAAAGGUCACGAGGCUUUGAGGGGAGAGCUCGAAGAGGCCCAGGAAAGCAAUGCCGUGCUGCGCGAUGAGGUGACGGAUGCAGAGCGCCGAUGUGAGGACGCUCGUGCGGCCACCCGAGCCGAGCGAUCAGCCCGUGCACAUGCAGAAUCCCAGGUGAGAGAAUGCCAGCGUGAACUUCGAGUCAUAAAGAGUCAGCUUCAAGAGCAGGUGGCAGAUGCAGAGGUGCUUCGAAAUGAGGCACGGAAGCAACGGUUCGCCACCGAAGACAAAGAAGCAGAAGCGGUCCGAUGGCAGGAGCAAGCCCGAGCUCUACAAAAAGAGUUGAAGCAGUUUGGACGGCGACAAGCAGCAUGGCCACAGG